GCCAAACUUUUAGUGCAUCGUCACCACCGGCGAAAAUCUCGUUUUGCGAAAAAUAUUCGCUUCAAUUUUUUACCAAACCUAAUUAUCUAAUUAAUUAAUUAACUAAUUAUGGCGACGACUUACGCCUUCGUCGUCAUUUUACCUAAUGCACGCCGUGCUAACGUGAAAGCCAGUACGAAUACAACAGUUUUGGAGGUGUUGGAAGAUGUAUGUAAAAAACAUGAACUAAAUCCGGUGGAGUUUGAUUUAACAUUUCACAACAAGAUAAUUGAUUUGGGGAACACGAUUCGCUUUUCUGGCAUUCCGAACAAUGCAACGCUCGAAAUGGUGGCGUCCACGAAGGCCAGAACGGAGUCAGCCAUAAAUCUGGGGCUGCAGCUCGAAUCUGGAAAAAGACUGAUGCACCCCUUCCACCCCCAGCAAACUUUGUGGGAAAUCGUCACCUUUUGGUCGGACAAGGGUGAAAUCGUCGCCAAUGGUGCCACUUCCGGUUCUGGUGUAGACGAUGUGAAACCUGUCUGCAUCUACAUGCGGCAGGAAGUCAUUGGACAGGACCAGUUGGAGAGGAAAACGCUGCGUUCACUCGGGCUGACAAAGGGGAGUGCGAUGAUAAGAUUCAUCUACAGAUCUGAAUCCUCUCUAAAAACUCAGGCGAACGUUUCAGCCCCAUUGUCACGACCGGCUAUUGUCCAACCGAUGGAAGUUGACGUGGAUCAAAGAAAUUUACCGUCAUCGUCACAUCCGGAUCCAAAACAGCCUUCUCACAAAGUUGUGACUCCUCCAACACUACCAAAAUCGAUGCCAAAAACCCAACCAGAACCGAUGACCACGACGACUCCGACGAUUGACGACGCUCACGCUCAGAAAAAUACGGAACAAUUAGUACAUGUCGAGGAGGAACACACCUUUACUUUCACACCACCAGUGGUAAAUAACGCUGCCAGGUUUUCGAAAAAAGGGGAACUUCACAUUAUCGGACCCCAUGACGCCAUUCUGUAUCACGGAGACGAUGUCGUAAUUGACGCCAAGGAUUCUGUAGAUGACUCAUUCUUUGAUCUUUCUCUGAACGAAGUGAAACGAAUGUAUUUAGAAUUACAGAGUAAAAGACAGGCGAUGGAGGAAGCUCCGCUACAAACGAGGUCAGCGCGUGAGUUGGAGCGAGACACGACGACGCUGCGGAUGCUUCGCGACUAUCCGACUACUUUGGUGCGUAUCCGUUUCCCUGACCGUCAUAUUCUCCAAGCAUCCUUCCGCACGGCCGAUUCGAUGGCCUCUCUCCAUCAGUGGCUCGCCUCCUUCCUCCGCAAGCCAGACACGCCCUUUUAUCUCUUUACCGCACCCCCAAAGAAAAUUUUACCUCGUGAGUCCACCCUCGUCGAACAGGAACUAGUUGGAAUGGCGGUACUAUAUUUUGGCUGCGAAGAGGAUGCACCAUCAUCAUCAUCAAAUCAGACCGAAAACAACACAACGGGAAAGAACACCGUGAAUUUUUUGAAAGACGAAUUCUACACAAAGAUCAGCGCACCGGACGCCGUGUACGAAUUUUUACACAAAAAGUUGAAGAAGGAGGUCGCGACGCCGACACAGAGUGGGGACGAUGCUGGGACAUCAACUUCCGGUGCUGUGGCAUCCCCACCACGCGAAGAUCGUCACGCUCCCCCUCCGCAACGACAGCCUCGUCCCACAACGACUUCGCCGGCUCCAAAGUGGUUUAAACCGACAUAAAUGAAAGUAUUUUUUUUACUCAGAUCUAAUCAUUAUAAUUCAAAUUCUUCCCUAUAUAUCUGUGAUUAUGAUGAGUAAAAGUAAAUUGAAUUAGGUUAAGUUUCUACAAGCUUAUCGAGGAUGAUAAGUAAAACCAAAAAAUAAUAAGUCAUGCUAAAUAUUCAAAUCUUUAUAAUCUUUCAAUUAAAAAUGUGCUUAUGAUUUUGUUCGUCAAA